AUGACGAGGAAACAAGCUUGGAAUGAAGAAACUAUUUACGCUUUGAAGUUGUACGAAACAUUUCUCGGAUUAAUCGGAGUUUGGCCUUUCGAUGUUGAAAAAUUGUCAUCCAAGUUACGUUGGUUUUUGGCUAUUUUGAUACAAAUGAGUACGAUAAUUAGUUUAUCAUUGGAGGUUUAUCUACAUUGCGUUGAUCUCGAUGACACCAUGGAUGCAUUUUUAAUGGAUCUUUCAUCGGUCGUCAGUAUCUCUAAAUUAUUGCUUACGAGAAUUAAUUGUCAAUAUACUCUAUCAUUGGUGUCAUCUAUCGUCAAGGAUCUUUCAUUUUUGGAAGAUUCUGAUCAAAGAGAAAUUGUGAUGAAAACACUACCGUUGCAUUACAUUCUACCAUUCAAUUCUAAUAUUAACGAGAGCAGCAACACCAAAUCAACGAUUUAUUUUUUAUCAACUUAUUGCGUUUUCGAAGAUCAAUCGGGACUUUGGCGUACUGGGAUUCUUAUUCUUCAAGCUAUGCAGAUAUUUGUUAAUGCAACCUCUCAUUGUGGAAACGAUGGAUUUUUUUUCGGUAUUGCGAUGUACCUUUGCGGUCAAUUCGAAGUACUCAAAAUGAAUUUUGCCAAUUUGAAAUGUAAGAAUAAUCGUUCUAAUCAAAAAUUUGACACACUCGUAAGGAGACAUUGUCAUUUGAUUCGUCUUGCUGAUAAUUUGGAAGAAGCAUUUAACAUGAUAAUAUUGAUACAAUUGUUGAUGAGUGCUUUGCUUCUUUGCGUCGAGGGCUUUCAAAUGUUGGUGUCUCUCGAUGAAAAUGAUACGAUUGCAGCUGCCAAACAUGCAGUCCUUAUCGUAACCCUACUCGUUCAAUUAUUUAUUUAUUCUUACGCAGGUGACAUGUUAGAAUCUAAGACAGCCGAAAUAGUUCUCGGCGUUUACGAUUCUUCGUGGUAUACUUUCGACACUAGUUCCAUCAAAAAUCUAGCCUUCGUCAUGUUUUAUGGUAGAAUACCACGGCAAGUAACGGCAGGAAAAUUUGUUUCUAUGAAUCUUUUAACAUUCAAAGAAAUUAUCAAAGCUUCGGCAUCGUAUUUUUCCGUACUUAGAGUAGCUUUAAAAAUGAAUAACAUAAAUGAUGUUGUCUGGACUACCGAAGCCAAUUAUGCUUUAGGAACAUACAAAUAUAUUACUUGGACUACUGGCACGUGGCCGUUAAAAAAAGAAGGAUUAUUUACGAUGAUUCGUUUUGGUAUCGCUUUUGCAUUAGAGUUCGGCAUACUCGUUUCCGUUUUGAUGGAAAUUCGAUUGAAUUGUGGCACGGCCGACGAAACUUUGGAUUUCUUUGCAUUGACUGCAGUGACAAUUGCUGGCUUGACAAAAUUAAUUCUGGUCAAAGUUCACCGAGAAGAUUUACAAAGAAUUCUUUUGUCAGCGCUCAAGGAUUGGAACACGCUAGUCGAUAGUUCAUUGGAAAAAAAAAUAUUAUGGAAGUAUACGUACCGCGGUAAACUUUUAUGCCGAAUACAGAUGGGGUUCGGUUUAGUUAUCAUAACUGCGAUGACUUUGGAUGCUUUGCUGGCUGCGAUAUCUUUUCAACCGGUCAAUGAAAACUCGACUGAAGAAAUUUUCAGACAGACACCUCUUAGGACAAUGUGUAUCUUUGGCGACAUGACAACCUCCACUUAUUGGACAGUAUUUGUUUUUCAAGCUGUUCAAAUGAUCAAUGCUAUCGCCGUUGAUAUGGGAAACGACGUUUUCUUCUUUGGCAUUGCCAUGCACAUUUGUAGCCAACUGCACGCCCUGAAAGUAUUUUUCGAUCAGUUCAAAUCAGAGGAAUCGAAAGAUCGUAUAAAGAAAAUCGAUGAUUUCGUUAACAGACACUCACACGUUUUGGAUCUUGCUCAAAGAUUAGAGUACACUUAUAACAACGUUUUAUUGGCAGUUUUGAUGGCAGAUGGAUUGCACAUUUGUUUGGCAGGUAUCCAUAUACUUUUGUUAUCCAAACAAUACGACAUGGUUCAACUUUUGAAAACGACCGUUGCGUUUUUGGUCGUAUUGGCUCAACUUUUCUUAUACAGCUAUACCGGGGAAUAUUUGUCUACGUUGUCCCAGGACAUUUGCAACGUCAUUUAUCAAUUUCCUUGGUACGAGUGUUCACCCAGUACAAUUAAAAAUGUAACAUUCAUUAUAAUGAGAGCACACGAGCCGUUACGUCUUACCGCUGGUAAAUUUUAUACCAUGAAUCUUGAAAAUUUUAAAAAUAUUUUAAAAGCAUCUUUUUCAUAUUUUUCCGUUCUACGAAUAAUGUUCGACGAAUGA